UUUGAUCCACGAAAUCAAACCUUGGCCAAGUUGGGGCGGAUCUCGGCCAAAGAGCAAGGCGAUAGAUCUCUGGAGGAUCAUGGCUAGCAGAUUAUAUCCCACGGUACAAAUGUCGAAAGACAUUUUCCUAGCCCUCCAUGCCGAGGGCCAGGCAGAAUUCUUCCAAGCAAUUCUCUUUGGAGUUCGUGAAAUGUGCGACGACGAAGAGCUUGUCGUCCAUGUAAAGGGUUUUGUUCCUUUCCACGCCAGCGGCAACGACUUGGUUCCUGCCCUUUCACAAUUGCUCAGCUUACACGGCCAAACGGUGAUCGGGUGGUUUGCAGCUGCACCUUUCCGGCGGGACUUUGGAAACACAGUGAAUUCCCUUGGCCACAUCUCCCAUGACAUGGCGACCAUUUAUUUCGAAGUUUUCCAACGUGCGUUGUUUCGCACGUUUCUCCUUAACUGGAAAAAAGAGCUAUCCUCGGAGACGAGUGGUGGUACAUCAGAGUUUGUGGAUGAAGCAUCGGUAAUCCUGAAAGAUUUGGUGGGAUUGGUCUGUGUGAGGGGUAGCCCGCUAGCGGGUUCAUCAGCCAUUUUUUCUUACCAGUCGCCGUCCAUCAACACCGACCAGCUCAUUGCCGAGUUAGCAGGUAGCAGCGGGCAGUUCCCUUUCUUGUCUGCCGAAACUGCAUCUGGCUUUCCAGAGUUGAAAGACAUUGAAAAGUUGCACGAGAGUUUCAUUCGUGACACAGUGGCAGAACAUGUUAAGGGAGAUUUGAAUGGUGCAGAGGUGCUUGCAACGCUGGCACAUCCAUCACCGCUGCAAGACACCAACAACGGCAUUGCACCCCGAAAGAGAAAAAGUACCGCUGACAUACCGACGGACAGAGGAAGCAAAAAGGUGAAAACGGAUUCUAAAUUGGCCCAGGAAAUCCGCCGCAUCCCAGACGAGAACAUUCAAGUUUUCCCAGGCCAGCGAUCCGACUUUCUUCGACGGGUGAAUAGCUCUCACAGCAUGAUCUUCUGCUCUCCUUUUGACGAAUUGUCCUUCUCCUCAUUGUUACCCUCAGACCCAACUGCCGAACGCGUGUCAGAGUUUUCCGAGCUUACUCCCAACCUCAUUUCAAAAUAUGAUGCAAUGAGCACCUACAUGACCACGACUGUAGCGACCAAAAUGGAACGCUACCAGGAAACAUGCAAAAAAUACAAUGUUCUUCUCCGCUGUCUAGAUAGUUUGAAUCGUAUCAAUCGAGAGAAUAUUCGGAAAGCUGUACUUAAAGAAGGAAAGGAAGGGAAUGAAGCUGGGGAUGAUGUUGAUGUCGCCGUACCGAUGGAAGGUGUUGAACAAUCGGAGAAUGCAGCUGAGGGAGAAACAACGCAGGAAGCCGACAAUGCGGUGCAUGCUGUUCAGCGUGAACGUGAAGGCGACAAGUUGGUGGUGACCAACGGUGCAAUGUCCGGUGCGCCCAGCAGUAUAAUGAGUUCACAUGAAACGCCUGCUCGGAACGACGAGAAAGCUCAGCGGUCUUCUGAGGAAAAGGCCUCUCCGACAGGCACGACGACGCAGCCGAUGGAUCUUUCUACUGAGGGUGGACGAGAAUCAUUGAGUGACAACGUCGCAGCAGAAGCUGAGAAUGCAGCAAAAAGCCGAGGGUUGUCUUCGUCGCCAAGUGGUGAGAUCGAAGCCAGUGUUUCAAACAAGCUUGUCUUGCAUAGUCCCACAGGACGUGAUUCGGACGAGGUAGAACGACCGAUACAAGAGGCAACGGUGGAUAAGGAGGAGACGUCGACAAGCAACAUGGAGAUCGAACCUCGAGAUAGUCCCAAAAAUAUCUCAAACGACAAAGCUGAAGUAAACGAGGAAGAGACCAUAAAGAAGUCCAUGUCACCGGAGGAAGAGCCACCGACACCAACUGAAAGGGCGCCAGAAGAAGCGAAAAGAGAUGUGACCCCGCCAUCCCUGGAGAAACCUGAAAUACCUUCCGAACCGAAAACGGACAAUACGGAGGAAAUGGAGGAGCCACCAAGAGCGGUUGAGAAACUUACCGCAGAACCAAUUGCGGAAAUUGAAGCACCAGCAGAAGUGAAGCCUGCACCACGGCGCAUUGGUUUACAGGAAUAUUUGAGACAGAAGGGUAAACUUCCUAGUGUGACUUCCACUUCAACCGAACCUACCCCACCGUCACUGGAAGGCGCGGGCGAAGAGCAAGAGCAGCAAAAUGCAGACGUUCCACCAGAGAUACCAAAGCCACAAACCCCGGAGCUUGGGCAGACUCCCUCCGAUGUGAAAGCCGGGGAUGAUAAAGUCGCAGGUAGUGGAGAGGAUCAGGAGAACAAAAAUGAUCAACCAAAGGAAACCGACAGGAGCCCGCAGUACACCACCCGUGAGCGAACCCCAGUUAAGCUUGUCAAGCAAGCAGAUGAUAUUCAGUCAAAUCAAGAUGCAGAUGGCAAAUCGCCAGUAGAUUCGAGCGUCUCCGAGCCAGCCAAGAAUGCAAAAGGCACAGGCAGGCGAGACAUUGGGUCUGAGGCAUCCAAAACGGCAACCGCAGAAACAAUCGCCAGCCCGCAUCGAUCCACCAGCUCCCGUGUAUCGUCGCGGUCAUCAUCCGUAGAUGGACGUCAGCAGUCUACGUCGCGGUCAGCCCCGGCGAGUACUAUCACCAGCGAUAAAGAUGAUGUCGAGGAAGGAGAAGUCUCUGAUAGCAUGGACCGUCGAUCAACAUCCUCUGGUCGGCAGGACCGCACGAGACGUUCUGGCUACUUUGGAAGCACGCCGUUGUAUACAUCGUUGUACGGGGACCGUCCGUCACGCGAGCCCAGUUCUCCAGGCGUGGCUUCCCGACGUCUGGAACGGGACGGAUCGCGUGGAUGGAGCCCAUUGAGUAGCGGAGGGCGGGACAGGGAGCGUGAUCGAGACAGAGGUGAUCGAGACCGAGCAGGAUCCAAGGAGCGGGAGAGACAUUGGGAUGGGAGAGAACGGGAGCGCGAUCGAGGAGAUCGAGAAGGAAGCUUCAAUUCGUACCGUCCUGGAUCGGGCACCUGGGACAGAGAUCGCGAUCGAGAACGCUAUUCAUAUUCUCGCGAGCGUGAUAGGGAUUCGUAUCAACCAGAGCGGGAACGAACUGAACGCACUGAAAGGGAUUCAUACCAGCCUGACCGUGAGCGAACAGAACGAGAUUCAUAUCAACCGGAGCGCGAUCGUGACAGAGGAGAACGGGACUCGUAUCAGCCCGACCGGGAUAGGGACCGCGAGCGUGCUGAGAGAGAGAGAUUUGGUGGAGAUUCGUACCAUCCUUCACGGGACAGCGGAUCGGGUGUCUCUUCAUGGCGACCGCGGGAUGCACGGCCUCGGUGAAAAAUGCAUCACUCUGACAUUGAUUUAGAAUUAUCAUAUAGAUUUUCAUAUUGAACUUUUAUCAUUUGCAAAUUUUUUUGGAUAUUUCUAAUUGUGCACAUGGAUGGUCUAGGUUCAGAUAUGACGAGUUAGGAUGGAUUUGCUAUGUUAAAAGUACCCUGAAGCGAACAUGGUCAUCGAUAACCAAUGUAAAACAUAAAAGAGUCGACAAGAAUGUGAUAAGUAGUUUACUUGACGCACGGCCGAUGAAAAGCGGAUAUCAGAGAGCAUC